GGGAAAACAGCAGGGACUUCAGGCAGCAUGAAGAGAGGCGCUGAGGUCCCAACUUUGCAGACCUGAAGCAGAAGAGAGAACGGUGAGGGGGUUCACCUGAAGUUACGUGCAGCUGGCGGGUGAAGCAACAGGGACUCACACCCGGGCUGUGUCUGAUUCCGGAGCUUUGUGCUUCACAGGAUUCCUCAAAGUCUGGCAUGCAUGCCACUGGCAGAACACGAGGGCAGCUCUGCCGGACCCGGCCCACGGACCUGGUGUUUGUGGUGGACAGCUCGCGCAGCGUGCGGCCUGUGGAGUUCGAGAAGGUGAAGGUGUUCUUGUCCCAGGUCAUUGAGUCGCUGGAUGUGGGGCCCAAUGCCACCCGAGUGGGCGUGGUCAACUAUGCCAGCGCCGUGAAGCAGGAGUUCCCACUGCGGGCCCACGGCUCCAAGGCCUCGCUGCUCCGGGCCGUGCGCCGCAUCCAGCCGCUGUCCACGGGGACCAUGACCGGCCUGGCCAUCCAGUUCGCCAUCACCAAAGCCUUCAGCGACACCGAGGGGAGUCGUGCCAGGUCCCCCGACAUCAGCAAGGUGGCCAUCGUGGUGACGGACGGGAGGCCCCAGGACAGCGUGCGGGACGUGUCUGCACAGGCCCAGGCCAGAGGCAUCGAGCUGUUCGCCAUCGGCGUGGGCCGCGUGGACAAGGCCACGCUGCGGCAGAUCGCCAGUGAGCCGCAGGAAGAGCACGUCGACUACGUGGAGAGCUACAGCGUCAUCGAGAAGCUGUCCAGGAAGUUCCAGGAGGCCUUCUGCGUGGUGUCAGACCUGUGUGCCACAGGAGACCAUGACUGUGAGCAGGUGUGCCUCAGCUCCCCGGGCUCCUACACCUGCGCCUGUCGGGAGGGCUUCACCUUGAACAGUGAUGGCAAGACCUGCAAUGCCUGCAGCAGCAGCAGUGGCAGUUCGGCCACUGACUUGGUCUUCCUCAUUGAUGGAUCCAAAAGUGUGCGGCCGGAGAACUUUGAGCUGGUGAAGAAGUUCAUCAAUCAGAUCGUGGACACGCUGGACGUGUCCGACAAGCUGGCGCAGGUGGGGCUAGUGCAGUACUCGAGCUCUGUGCGCCAGGAGUUCCCGUUGGGCCGCUUCCACACGAAGAAGGACAUUAAGGCGGCUGUGCGGAACAUGUCAUAUAUGGAGAAGGGCACCAUGACCGGGGCUGCCCUCAAGUACCUCGUUGACAAUUCCUUCACUGUGUCCAGUGGGGCUAGGCCUGGGGCCCAGAAGGUGGGCAUUGUCUUCACUGAUGGCCGGAGCCAAGACUACAUUAACGAUGCCGCCAAGAAAGCCAAGGAACUUGGCUUUAAGAUGUUUGCUGUGGGUGUGGGCAAUGCCGUGGAGGAUGAGCUGAGGGAAAUCGCCUCAGAGCCCGUGGCAGAGCAUUACUUCUACACGGCUGACUUCAAGACCAUCAACCAGAUUGGCAAGAGGUUGCAGAAGAAGAUCUGUGUGGAGGAAGACCCGUGUGCCUGCGAGUCCAUUGUGAAAUUCCAGACCAAAGUAGAGAGGCUGCUGCAGGCCUUGACCAGGAAGCUGGAAGCUGUGAGUAAGCGGCUGGCCGUCCUGGAGAACAGAGUCGUCUGAGGCUGCCUGUCCCCGCCACGGCCUCUCUGUCUCCCCACCGCAAGCACAGCCCUCCAAGUCCUGCGUGUGUCCCCUAGAGCCCCAAGUGUAGUCUGGCUUUGCCAUUUCAGUGGGGGGGGGAGGGGCAGGCCCUGAGGGCACCAGGUCUCCCCCACCAUCCUGCCAGCCCUACUGGGUGCGUGUGUGAGUGUGCUAGGCGCUUUGCAGUGUCUGGGAGCGCGAGUGUGUGUGCGGCGCGUUCAUGGGCAUGUGCACGUGUGUUAGGAGCGUGGCAGUGUUUGGGAGCAUGCAUGUGCGUGUGUGCAUGCCUGAGGGCGGGCGUGUAUCUGGAGCAGGGAUGCGUGUGUGUGAGUGAGAACACAGGGGUGAGUGUGAGAGGGACUGCGUUUGCAUUUUUUCAACUGAAAGCUUAAUAUAUUCCUAUUUUUUUUUAGUUAACCCUUUCUUGACUGCGAGUGCUGUGAAUCUCUUUCCUGAUUUUUCUAUUACCUUCUGAAAAACAAUUAAAUAUGAUUUAAC